AUGACGAGCGGGGAUAUUAUUUAUGACAAGAUCCACUUCAGACAUGACCCAAAAUGGAGCGGCCGCCUGGGGCCGGCGGAGGGGGGCGGGCUGCUGCUCUGUGUGCCCUGUGUCAUUGAAAUGAUUGACAGUGACGAUAUUGCGUCAGUGAGGAAGUCUUAUGCCUUGUCUGGCAUCACUGGGGUGCUGAAGUGUUCGCCGGGGGCCCUGAGGGAGCUUCUCCGCCAGGACCACCGAGUCUCUUUGCGUUUUACAGCUUCUCUGCUGGGGAUGCUUCACACCGUGGAGGACCCAGACAUUCUGGAAAAGGUUAACCAAGUGCUGGUUCAGCUGCUUCUAGAGCUCCAGUGUGAGCUGUCACUUCGCUUUGUUUUGGAUGAGGUACACAAACAGCUGAGUGACCAGCUCUGUGUGAAGGGCUUCCUGCCCACCGUCAACUUCUUGGGGAGCCUAAUGGAAGCAGUCCCCGAUGUGGCCCAUAGUCUGCUGACUCAUUAUGUGCCUUUGCUGGAGCACCUGUGCUCGGCAUUGCUUCACCCAGAUGAAGCGCUGAAGGCUUCGGUCCUGUAUGUGUGGCUCAAGCUGUUCGGGACAGCCGGGGGCUCGGCGCAGUCCUUGCCCAUUGCCAUCAGGGACAGAGUGUGUAUCCUGCUGCUGCAUACCUUGGCCAAUGCCAGUUCCACCCAACUCAUCAACAACUGCGUUGGCCUGCUGUGGUUGCUGCUGCAGCUGGGAGACGCAGUCUCAGUUCUGAUGAACAGCCCCAGCAAUCAGGUCAUGUGCAGUGAGAACCAGAACAGCCACACCAACAACAGCCAGAUGCUCAGCCAAAACCAAGAGCAACAGUCCCCUGACCAUUGCCCUCUGCCUCUCAUACUGAAAAAGUUGCUGCUGAGUGGCGAUGAGAUGUUGCAGACCGCCAGUGUAAAGUGCAUUGCAGCCAUCCUGGUUCAUUCUCCCAGUCAGUGCAGCGCUCCCUUCAUUACGGCUGACAUACCUGAGUUUCUGUUUGACCGUCUGGCCAGUAGCAGAAGUGAGGUGCUGCUGUGGUCUGUCUAUAGCUGUUUGGUGUUGCUGACAAGCGACCCCCUCUUCUUCUCCCAGUGUCACUCUGUCUAUGGUAUUGAGUCCCUGGUGCGCAGCCUGAAGGAAGCGCUGCAUCUGACCAACCUGGAAGUGCCGAAACAAGGUCUGCUGCUCCUUACUGAGAUACUGGAAAGGCAGCCCACAAGCGUACGGCUGUUCCCAAGUGGACCAGGGUUUGCAGCAGUGUCAGAGGCUUUGGUAGCUGGAGUCUCCUCCUCCUGCCUGCUGGUAGCCUCACAGGCUGCCAACGCUGCCUCUGCCCUGCUCAGAGUGAACCACCAGCCCAGACCAGUCCAGUACAGGGAGAUAGAGGGUUUGAUAGAGGCCAUCACAAGCAGAUGCUCUGAGCUGCACCUACCCUCUGCUGCUCAUCGUCGAGGCUGCGGGAGUAGGAAGAGCAGCCAGGCUUCCAGGUCAGAGGGAUUUCUGCUCCAGGCCCUGGUCUGUUUUCAGGCUGCCUGCAGGUUGGCUGAGGAGUGUGCAUCAGAGCCUCUUCUGAAGGAGAACACGUUCACAGCUCCCUCUAAACACAGCCAUGCUCACGACUCACUGGAGUCUCUGUGUCAGUGUCUGCUGCACUGCUGUGACUCCGUCUGGAUACCCACCGUCAUUAGGAUGUGUGAGCGUGCACCCAACGCUCAGAUACUGCAGUGCUUCUACUCCAUCCUCUCCUCCCAGUUCACCCUCCUCCCAUCUCUCAUGCCGGUCUUUGCAAAUAAGCUAGCGUCCUCUGGUUUCUACAGGCUGGCUCUGGAACACAAAGGGCUCCUCUGUGCAGGAAACAGGAACCCGGAUCUAAAUGCGUCUGGCUGUGGCUUUCUACGGAAACUCAGCAUGUGUCUGCUUUCCCAGUCAGACCCUGCUUUUGCCUCCUAUCAGCACGAUGUUGAGGAGGCAGAGAAUCUUCUGCAAUACAACCUUCCCUCUCUGUGUUUUCGGCUGUCAGACUGGCCCUCUCUGCUGUGCGAGGACCCAGGGCUCCAGCUGUGUGAAUAUAAAGGACCAAGGGCCACUCAGUACUGUCUGCUGAUAAUACUACACCUUGCACUGCAGCAAGGAGACAGGCUCCUCCCAGACCAGAUAGUGUUCUCCAGUGUGGCGUGGCUGUUGCAUUCAGUGCAGGAGCAGGGCGGCUGUGCCCUGCCUCGCUGUGUGCUCCGCUCUGCCCUCUACCUGCUGGCAGUGACACAGGACCAGAGCCCCAACCUUGACGGGGCUCCUUUUAACUGCAUCAGCAAGGCUCUCUCCUCCUGCCAAAGCUUCUCUUCGCUCUACAUUCACCAUCCUGCACUCCUCCACUUCAUCUGUCGCUAUCCAAAGCUAGCAGGGAAAUUUGGGCCCCUGGUCUUGGAGCUUUGGCUGACCAAGCAAACACAGCACACAGAUGGAGAGCAGACCAUGGCGGAUGUACAGGAGAAGACAGAGAGGAGAGGAAGCCGUGCAGACGACCAGGAGCCAGACACAGAAACUACAGAGCUACUGGCUCUGAUAGAGAAGUACCCAGCUGUCAUACUGACACUCCUGGACAUGGUUUGCACCAGGGAGGCCCCCCUCGCAGGGCGAGCACUAGGGGUGCUGGAAGUUCUCUUGCGUGGUCAAACAGAGUACGAGGCUGAUUUGUGUUCCAGGCUUAGGUCAGCCCUGCUCCAGACAUUACAGAGGCUCAGUAUGGAGAACAUGGGCCAUGGGUUUGGACAGGGACACACUGCACAGGCGGUGAACUCGCUCCCUCUGGUGCUGAAGCUGCUCUGUAUGACGCAGGCCAGUGACCCACCUUCCUCAUCCUCCUACAGUGAGAUGGACGGAGUGCACUUCAAGCUGCUCUACCACGUGAGUAAUAUAGCUGGAAGGUUGAAGCCUACCAAUACAGAGAGCCUGCUACCUGCCCUCAGCUACCUGUACUGCUGCCUGAGUCUGUCCCCAGCACACUGCUCCGACAGAGCUGUCUCCAUGCUGCUCUCCAACACUGGACUGAUGGACCAGCUGCAGACAGUCUUCUCCGCCUCCUCCUCCUCCUCCUCCUCCUCCUCGUGCUCCUUCUCUCCUCCAUCAGCCCUGCUGUGCUGCAGCCAUCUACUCCUGUCCUCCCUCAUUACCUUGCAGCGCGUUCACUGUGCACAGGUCCAUAAGAGCAUCAGUUGGAGUCUGGACGCAGCUGUGCAGCAACUCCUUCUUCAGAAAAGAAACACAGACAAUCUGUUGCUGGUCAGCUACCUGAGGUUGCUGCGGGCUCUACUUGACGGUGAUCUGGCGUCAGAGGUGGUGUGUGUGAGCAGUGGUCCCGGCUUGGUCGGGCCCAGGCCCCUGGGGUUCGAGGACGGCGCCUUGUACCCGCUCGGCUCCAGAGGGGCCCAGUGCCUCUCAACUGCUCUCAGCGGACUUCUUUUGCAGAAGCACGAGCUGUUGCUGAGAGCCUCAGUGAACUGUCUCAGCUCCCUGCUGGGCUUCCUUCAGAGGAAGAGUCCCCCAACAGCAAAGUUUGUGGUGCGUCAGCCAUGGAUUCGAUUCCUCCUCUGCUGCCUGCUCAGCUCAGGAGAGAACUGCCUUCUGCACCCUGCCGUCCUCAGAGUCAUCACAGUUCUCCUGCAGCACGGUAGUACGGCGGUGCUGUGGGAGCCUGACCUGCUCCAGGUGAUGGAGGCGGCGGAGAGGAAAGGGCUGAAGGAGCUCAGCGAGGAUGCAGCACAGGCCCUCGGGCUGCUCCUCACACAGAUCCAGAGCAGUGUCCUGCAGCCACCACCCACAGAGGAGCACAAGCAGAGAGUGAGGAGUAUGAUGGAGUCCCUCAGCCUGCAGGCACCAGCCCAGAGCUGCAGCCCUGGUCUGCCCAGCAACGUCCUGCGUGUUGGAGAUGUGUCCAUCUGUCUGUCUGACUUUACACUGAACUGAUGUUAUGACAGAUGUUUUGACGCCGUCAGUUUGGCUGUUUGUGUCAUUGUUCACUCAUUGUUCCAUUUCUUUCAUUCCUACACACCUGCUGUGUUU